GAUCACUCAAGAGUUGUUUAAAAUUAACCAAGAAACUAGAAACCCUCUCAUCCUCUUCUUCUACGCACGAAACCUUCUCCCAGUCGGGAAAAUCUCUGAAAUCAGAAUAAACGUCAGAAGUGUUUGAAGAUUAAGAUUUUUUUGCAGGCGAUCGAACAAAUCCCUCCCAUCGUCUUCUUCUACGCGUGAAACCCUCGCAUCUCCUCUUCUACGCACGAAACCCUUGCAUCGUCUUCUACACAUAAAAACCGAAAAUUGACCUUGGGAUAUACUUGAUCGGAGAAAUAUCUCUUCCACGAUUGUGAAUCGAGACAAUCUCUGCCCUCUGAUCCAGGUCAUCGUUUUCUUUAGCUAUUUUGGAGUAAUAAAACCCUAACUAUUUCAGAGAAAUUGUUCUCUCUGUGAGCGAGAUACCAGAGAGGGAAGAGUUGAAAUCAAGGGAACGGCGAAGAUAAAGGAAUCAGAUUCAAUAGAUAGCUAUCUCAUCUAGUGCUGCAAUGGUAUUCAGUAAAGUUUGGCUUCCCGAUUCUGUCACUUCGAAUACACCUUCUGGUAUUUCGACCCUUCUCUUCCUACACCAUAUUUUUUCAUUUUUUCAGUUUGUUGUUGGCAGUAUUUCGACACAUUAGUCAUAUUUUUGGAUGAGUGUUUGUGUUUAUGUGGCUCUGUAAUGCAUUUCUUAUUUUGAUUCUUUUCCUAUUUUGAUAAAUUUAAUUUGAUAAUUUUCGGAUUUUGGAUUGUUCCUCUUUUAAGCAAGGAGAAUAUUUGUUUAUUCUGAGUGAACAUCUAUGUCAUACACUAAUACAGAUGCCUUAAAAAGAGUUUUUACUGCACUAGUGUUAAACAUUUGGCUAGCAUCUCAUUCCCAAACUGUAUUUACUAUAUGUAUCGAUAGUAUAUCAUUUAACAUGUGAAAAGAAUGUAUGCUUUCGAUGCUUACUUAAUGGUUGAGAUGCCCGUAUUUAGACCUGAUACUGAUUAAACUCAAACGAAAUUAUUUCACUAUGGGUUGUCUUGUUCUUAUAUUGCAGAGAGUUGCAAUGAAUUCAAAAAUAUCUAAGGUUGCUGACAGUUAAGGAUCUGCGCACAAAUAGAUACUUUGAUCUUGAUAAACUAGAUGAGGGUACUUGUUUGAUAAAUUCUGGUAACUGACUCAUGCGUAUCUUUAUCGUUACAAUAGUAUGGGCUUUGAUUGUAACUUGUUCCACUUAUUCAAAUACAGGUUAUUAUAUUGGAUACUUUAAACCUAAACAAAAAAAGCGAGUGGAAGGUCUUAUAAUCUUAUUUAUUAUAAAAAAACGAGUACUUCUUACGUCGGUUUUACAAAAUAACCGACGUGAUAACAUACCUAUUACGUUUGUUUAGAAACCGACGUGAAAUGCUAUUAUCUAUUACGUCGCGACAUUCCUCGUCAGUUGAAAAACCGACGUGAAAUGGUAUAAAAAACUGAUGUGGAAACCCUGUUUUGUAGUAGUGUCCACAAGACGCUAAGCAGGGUAAUGAUCAUCACACUAGUCGUUCCGUCGUAUCAACAUCUGUCUUGACAAUGUGGGCGAACCGACGGAAUAGUGUAUACCUGCUGGAUUACGAACAACAAAGAAUACUCACAGCGACUGAUAGGUAUCGAAAAUGGUACUCGCAGCAUGGGAUGAUACGUGUUGGGAACCCUUCUCACGUUGCGCCGGCGACAGGAUACACCCCGACAGCACGUGAUUGGGGUCUUAUGAAGUAGGGCUUUCACGAUGUGUAUGAGCUCUCCAACCUGCAGGCGGCGAGUUACGAAAACAUCAAAGAACGGCUUGAGCGGUUGGCCAUGGAUGUAGGUGAUGAAAUGAUGCUCCACCAGGAUGUUUUCCUUUACCCGAAUGCACAAGAUGAGCCCGCUCCCGUCCCUCGUCGUACGCUUGAUCAAAGAAGAGAUGCUCCCACCCGUGAUCGUACACAUGGUCACGUUGAUGAAGAUAGAGAUGAAUAUGCAGGUGACGGUGGAAACGAGGAAGAGGGUGAUGCAGUUGAAUAUGAAUGUGGGGGUGAGGAAUCACAACCGCCCCCUCAAUUCUCUUCGCAUCAAGAUUUCACAAUUUUUGAACCACCACCGUAUUAUGGUUCUUAUCAGUACUCUACACAGUCAGAUGCAUAUUUUUCCACUUUUGAAGACACACCGGGGUUUUGGAACACUGGCGGUGGUGACAUGCCAGGGCCGAGCAAGCAACGUUAGAUGUAGUAUUAAAUGUAUUAUUGUAUGCACGUAAUAUCUAUUUAUUAAUAAUUUACAUUAAAAACUACAUUUGUUUUGUUCACUUCCAUUAAACAAAUGAAAUUUGUACUUCAUUUUAUGAAUUUAAUUAACAUUACGAAUGAAUUAAAAAAUAUAUAAAGUAAUCA